AUGGAUUUGUUCUUCAAGGGCAAAAAAGGAAAACCUAGGGAUGGGAGGCACGCCGCCGCCACCUCGGCUGGAACCGGCCACCGCCACCUCCGCCAAGACCACGCCUUGGCCUCGCCGGCGACAACCCGAGCCACCGGAACCACCGUUGGCCGCAACGCCUUUGCCCUCCCUCUUGCUUCUCCGCUUCUUCGAAGAAGGUUGAAGAUGGUGUUGUGUUUGAAUUGGGGGAAUGGGGUUCGGAAGGAGACGUGGAGUGCGUGGAUGAGGGAAUGGAAAUCAGGGGGAGGUAGUGCGUGUCAUGGCGGAGGAUGUUGGUUUAAGAUUGGGAACUCAGACAAAUGAAGGUUGCAAGGGUGGAGGAUGGUUGAAGAGGAUGAAGACACUGUUGUUCUUCUUUCUGUUGUUUUUCAAAUUUCCUACUUUGCCCUUACC